UCCUAUUUCCCCGUAAACUACCUUCCAAAUACACAAAUCAAUCACCAUUCACCACUCUCUUCAUUUUCUCUCUCCUACCUCAAAUCUCAAUUUUCCCCCAUUAUCAUCACCAACAAAUAAAAACAACCAAAACCCAGGAAAAUCCAAACCAAAUCAAUCCAUCCCAAAACCAAAAAAAAAAAAAAAAAAAAACAGAUUGCUAGUUCAUCUCUUUUUCUCCCUAGUCUACCAUGGCUUCGGCCGCUACCGCCCCAACAAAGAAGAAGGAUGUUCAACCCACCCUUCUUCUGGGGCGGUACGAGGUAGGCAAAUUAUUAGGCCACGGCACUUUUGCUAAGGUCUAUCACGCUAAACACAUCAAAAAUGGCGAAAGUGUCGCAAUUAAAGUACUUGACAAAGAAAAGAUCUUAAAAGGUGGUCUUAUGGCUCAUAUCAAGCGUGAGAUCUCUAUUCUCCGCCGUGUACGCCACCCCAAUAUUGUUAAGCUCUUCGAGGUCAUGGCCACCAAGUCUAAAAUCUAUUUCGUCAUGGAAUAUGUCCGCGGCGGCGAACUCUUCAAUAAGGUAGCGAAAGGUCGAUUGAAGGAAGACGUUGCGCGGAAGUAUUUCCAACAAUUAAUCUCCGCGGUAGGAUUUUGUCACGCAAGAGGUGUGUAUCAUCGUGAUCUAAAACCGGAGAAUCUUCUAUUAGAUGAGAAUGGUGAUCUUAAAGUGUCCGAUUUCGGGUUGAGUGCGGUUUCGGAACAAAUCCAACAAGAUGGAUUGUUCCAUACUUUUUGCGGCACCCCGGCGUACGUUGCGCCGGAGGUGCUCGCAAGAAAAGGAUAUGAAGCUGCAAAAGUUGAUAUAUGGUCAUGUGGUGUCAUUUUAUUUGUGUUAAUGGCUGGUUAUUUACCAUUCCAUGACCCAAAUAUAAUGUCAAUGUAUCGUAAGAUCUACAAAGGUGAAUUUCGUUGUCCUAGAUGGUUUUCACCCGAUUUAGUUAAGUUGUUACGACGACUACUAGACACAAACCCCGAGACACGGGUAACAAUCCCAUGUGUGAUGGAAAAUAAGUGGUUCAAAAAAGGUUUUCAACACGUUAAAUUCUACAUAGAGGACAAUAAAAUGUGCACGUUUAAAGACGAUGAGACUAGUAGUAAUUUCGACGAGACAGAUUCAAUGUCCGAGUCUGAGUCUGAGUCUAUGUUCGAUCAACCACAAAGACGGCCUAUACCAGGACUACCACGUCCUGCUAGCUUAAACGCAUUCGAUAUAAUAUCGUUUUCUAGAGGAUUUGAUUUGUCGGGGUUAUUUGAUGAAGGCGAAGAUGAGGGCUCCCGAUUUGUAUCAGGAGCCCCCGUCUCGACUAUCAUAACAAAAUUAGAAGAGAUUGCUAAAGUGGUGUCAUUUACUGUAAGGAAAAAAGAUUGUAGAGUGAAUUUAGAAGGCUCAAGAGAAAGUGCUAAAGGACCAUUGACGUUACAAGCAGAGAUAUUUGAGUUAACACCAUCUUUAUGUGUGGUGGAGGUUAAAAAACAAGGUGGUGAUAAAGGUGAAUAUGAAGAGUUUUGCAACCGUGAAUUAAAACCAGGACUUGCAAAUCUUUCCAUUAAUCAUCAUACUUCUUCUACAACAACCGUAACAACAACCGUAACUGGUGGUGAUGAUACCUUGAUUUUACCGUCGGAUACAGAGUAAAUUAGUGACCCUUUACUUUUUUUUUUUUUUUUUUGUUAUGAAAAAAAUAUGUGGUGUAUGAAUUAUGAUGUUACAAUUAUAUAGUAUUGUUUUUUUUUGGUUGAUAAAUGUGAAGUAUAUUAUUUUAGGGGGAGAAUUUUUUUUUUUUUUUUGGUUGGGAUUGAGGGUUUAUUAGGUGAGUAGAUGAUGUAUGGUUGAGAAUUAAAGAUGAAAAGUGGAAAAUAUAUACAUGGAGUAUAACUUUUCUUUUUC